CGAAGGAGUAGGCAUAAUUUUAGCAAAAUACACUUUAUUAGCAAUAAAUUAAGUGGAAUAAUGUGGUAAUCAUCAAAAACUAUACAUGUCUGUGCUGUGUGAUGAUCAAAUGGAACUUAUAUACAAGAACAGCUUGGUUUGGACUAGGUUUCAAGGAAAUAACACAUUAUUAGUAAUAUCUCUUUAAAAUGAUACAUAAGUGAAUAUUGGCGAUUAAUACAUAUAUAUAGUUUGCAACAAUGUCACAUCAAGAGCAACACAUUUAUAUAAAAAUUGAAAGCAUGAAAGAAGAGGAAGACGAGACAAACGAGAGUCCCGUGCCAAAAGAAGAAACCGUUGGUGAUCUAGAAGAUGGAACUGUCGCAAACGAGGUGCAUGCGACAAUGUCACAUCCAGAACAACAAUUUUAUAUAACAAUUGAAAGUACAAAAGAAGAGGUAGGCGAUUCAAAAGCGGAUCCCUUGGGCCCAAGCAGAAAUGUUAAACAAGAGCCUGUUGGUGAUCUAGAAGAAGAAAUCAUCACAAAAGAGCUGUAUGCAGGUCAUGAAAUGAAGGAAGAGAUGGUCAUGGGACCUAUGGUUUUGCACCGUUCUACUGUGGCUGAAGUUAACUCUAUACAAAGUACAUGUGUUAAUGAGAAAAAUAACACUCAUAUCGGAAAGAAUCUCUAUAAAUGUAACAUUUGCGAAAAAUAUUUUAAAACAAAACAACGUCAAAAGGUGCAUACAAUGAUUCAUACCGGUGAGACACCACACAAGUGUGAAAUUUGCUGUCAAUAUUUUACAACUAAACAACAUUUAAUGGUUCAUGUGGUUACUCAUAAUGGAGAGAAACUGCACAAGUGUGAUAUUUGCAGUAAAUGUUUUAAAACUAAACGAAGUUAUAAAUUGCAUACGAUGACUCAUACUGUUGAGUCGCCUUUUAAGUGUGAUAUUUGUAAUAAAUGUUUUAAAAUUAAACAAUAUCUCAAGGAACAUAUUUUAAGGCAUACUGAAAAAAAAAUUUAUGAAUGUCAACAAUGCAACAGGUCUUUUCUUAGAAAGGUUGAACAUAAUCAACACUUAUUGACUCAUAUUGAAAAGAUACCAUAUGUAUGUGGUAUUUGCAACAAAUGUUUUAAAACGAAACGAAGUUAUAAGUUGCAUGCAAUGUCUCAUACUGGAGAGUUACCAUACAAGUGUGAUAUUUGCAACAAGUCUUUCAAAAUGAAACAUUAUCUCAAAGAGCACAUUUUAAGACAUAAUGGAAAAAAACUUUAUGAAUGUAACCACUGUAGCAAGUCUUUUCUUAGUAAGGGUGAAUACAAUAAACAUUUAAUAAGUCAUACUGACGAGACACCAUACAAGUGUAGCAUUUGCAAUAAACGUUUUAAACUGAAACAAUACCUUAAAGAACACAUGUUAAGACAUACUGGAAAAAAAAAUUACGAAUGUCACCACUGCAAAAAGUCAUUUCUUAGUAAGGGUGAAUGUGAUAAACAUUUAAUGACUCAUACUGAAGAAACACCUCACAAGUGUGAUAUUUGUAAUAAAUGUUUUAAAAUGAAACGAAGUUAUAAGUUACAUGUAAUGACUCAUACUGGAGAGUCGCCAUACAAGUGUGAUAUGUGCAACAAAUGUUUUAAAACAAAACAAUAUCUCAAAGAGCAUAUUUUAAGACAUACUGGAAAAAAACUUUAUGAGUGUCACCACUGUAACAAGUCUUUUCUUAGUAAAGGUGAACAUAAUAAGCAUAUAAUGACACAUACCGAAGAGACACCAUACAAGUGUGAAAUUUGCAACAAAUGUUUCAAAUUAAAACAAUAUCUCAAAGAGCAUGUUUUGAGGCAUACUGGAAAAAAACUUGAAAAUGAUCAGCACUGGAACAAGUCUUUUCUCACAAAACGUAAACAUAAUCAGUGUUUAAUAAGUAAUGCUGGAGACCUACCAUACAAGUGCGAUAUUUGCAACAAACGUUUUAAAAUAAAACAAUAUCUUAAAAAGCAUGUUUUAAGGCACACUGCCAAAAAACUUUAUGAGUGCCACCACUGCAACAAAUGUUUUUUUAGUAAGAGUGAACAUAAUAAACAUUUAAUGACUCAUACUGACGAGACACCGUACAAAUGUGAUAUUUGCAACAAAUGUUUUAAAUUAAAACAAUAUCUCAAAGAACAUGUUUUAAGGCAUCCUGAAAAAACAUGACUAUCACCACAGGAACAAGCCUUGUCUUAGAAAGGGUAAACAUAAUUAAUAUUUAACACUUGAGAGAAACCAUUCAAGCUUGAUAUUAGCAACACACAAAUGCCAUCUUCAGGUACGUUUAUUGAUUCAUGCUGGCAUCAAAGCAACAAGUCGAAUUAGAAUGCGUGAACAUUUUUACAUUAUUUCUGGCGUGACGAACUGGACGCCUACAAUAAAGCUUGGGUCCAGUUAGUUCAGGAUCGGGAUGCGUUUGGCCAGCAGUGGGAUAUAUCAGGCUAAUUGUAAUUAUUUCUACAACAUUGCCAUAAAAUUAUGACUUUUAAACCAGAAUACUUGUUGUAUGCAUAUACUGCCCUCAAAAUAUUAUUGACGUAAUUGGAGCAAAACGUCUUUUAUGCCUUACGACGAACAAGUCCGCCUCUAUACUCACGGCAAACAUGCCAGACGCGCUACACCGCCAAAAUAGUCGCUGCACUAAUGCGCACGAAACGCAUUGUCGUAUUGUACGGUGGUUUAAAUGUUCGCUUAGUAUACUGAUACCACAGCUUAUUAAUCACGCCAUUUAGUUUUUUAAGGACGUAAUAUAUCAUUGUAAUACUUGUUAUUUAGCUAUGUAUUCAUUUUACUAGUUUAUAUAUUCAUUUUAUUACUUUAGUGAACUGUAAUUUGUUUUAAGAGUAUUUUUUUCAUUUAUGCAACAUAUAUAAGAUUAAUAUGAGGAAUAAAAAUGAAUUGACUGAUUUUGACAAUGGUUUUUACAGUCACAAAUUCGUAUAAGGGGUAGUGUAUACGCUUGUGUAAUAAAGUAAUAAGGUACCGGUUGAUAUUCAAAAUUUGCCUUUGACUAUAGUAAAUCAAAAACUUAUGCAAAACAUUAUAACUAUGUAGCUCUUUUCCAUUUAUUUCAAAUGAUAUGGAAAUAUGAAAAUGUCGAUUUACAAGAAAUAACACCUUGGAUUCU